AUGCUGCCGUAUAGCUCGCAGUACGAUGGCCGUUAUGGUCAAUCUCAUUCACAGCCCAAUUCCGCCCCGGCCUCCGACUUUGACAAUCUCUUCUCCAGCCAGCCCGGAUCAUCAAUGGCUUCUCAUCAACACGCUUCACAGUCAUCACAGCGUCCGAGAUGUCCAGAAUGCGGCACAAAAAAGAUGCGCCUGCGAUCAGGUCAGCUUAUCUGCAAACGAGGUCACGUUCAACAGCACUUCCGUAUCGAGCAGGCCGAAGAUGAUGAGUUCUUAGGAGAUGGCGUCGCACGAAAACGUCGAACCGUCACCGUCAACAAGGUCCGAAGGCUCAAGAGUCAGCACACGCCCUACUACUCUCAGCCGGAGACAGAUGUGGAGCAGGAAGAUAGCGAAGGCGAGCUUAUAGAACAAGAAUCACGACGUGCCCAUAAGCGAGCUCGGAGGCAGAGCUCUAGAUCACGGCAUUCGUCGCAUUCGGAUGAUGCCGACGCAAUCGUCAGCGACGACGAGGUCGACAAAGCUCAGGACGAUCCGCCCUAUUCAAUACGUGCGGAUAGCUUCUUCGAGCGUGAUCCGUGGACCCCGCGUAGCCGAGCCGUCUCGUCCGCUGCAGAAGAGAGCGACUUGGAUUCCGAGCCUGAUACCUAUGCUCGUGCAUCCCGCCGUGGCAUUCGCAGGAUCUGGCGUUCUGGUGUCGGUCUUCACGGCGCAUACGAAGGUCGCUUUGCUUUGCUUCAAUGUCUGCAGCUUACUUUGCGGCUUCAACUUCACAAACUUCGCGAGAUAUGGGCCGACAAGAUGCCGCCAGAAACCGAAGCCAUCGCUCGUGACCUCUGGACCAUGUUCGUUUCCCUCUUACCGGUCGGUCACUACCCACCAGAGCCUCUCAUCGCGGCCACAUUCGACUGGCACAUGCGCUAUUCGCUAUCGCAAGAGCGAGCUGCCGAGCUCUUCCCGAACCACGACACCUACGAUCCAGAAACCGACAUUCGUCACCACAGGCGCAGAGCACUUUUCAAUGGGUAUCAUCAUCACGUCGCACGCAAACAACGUCCCACGGCAACACCGAGUCCAGCGACGGAGCGAACGGAGCAGGAAGAGGAGGAGCAUUUCGACUCCGACGACCCGGCAGCUGCCAAAGACUGCAUCGACUGGAUUGUCGGCCAAGAUGAACAGCAGAGACGUUUUCGAUCACAGAGGUCCAGCGAGCCAGAAUCGCUGGCUGACCCAGAGGACGAGCUGGCGGAGCUUGAUCCUGUCUUCGCCGAAGAACGUAGACAGCGACAACGCUCGCAAGCAGUAUCUGAGGCUGGCUCCGACACAGAAGCCCCACAGUCGCACGUCGAUCCAUCUGGCAGACCAGAAAAGCAUCCAAGACGUCAUCGUCACAUUCCCUCUUGGGCGAAUAAGCAUUCCGUCGCAAAGGCUCAGGCACAAAUUCUCCAUCUAGCGAUGGUUCCUACCACUAUUUCCAUCAUCUACCUUUCGUUGCAUCUACUCAAGAUCCCCGUCUUCUGGACCGAUCUCAUCAAACUCAUCUCCUCACACCGGCUGCCAUAUCUCAAUGUUGUCCAUUCGCUUCCGUUGCCGUUGACACGAUUCUUGAAUAAAGACAACGUCCACCAUCACCAUCUCGAUGCGGAUGUAGUGCCGUCCAUCACUACGCUGCACCUCCACACACUCAACGUGGCUGACUUGUUGCAACGCACCUACGGCCUCAAUUUUGGACAGGGGAAUGUCUCGGGUCAGCUCGCGAGGCUGGUGGAAAAUAUGCUGCUUCCACCCACGUUCUAUGUCGCCACCAAGAGACUGCUGGACAAAAUCGACAGAGGUGUCGGUCCGGAUCUUCUUCCCGGCCUUUCUCUCAAGGACAGGGGGUUACCGCAGCAAGGCAACAAAGACAAAGAGGAAUCGCCGUCGUCUUUGCCAGGAGCAACACAGCUGCAGCGUGUGCCGAAGGAAUUCGUACUCAUGGCAGCGCUGCUCAUGGUCAUCAAGAUGCGCUACGGUCUCGACGGACGGAGCCGCGACGAGAGAAUCCCGGAAUCUUCGUCGGAUGGCAGCGCUGGCAGGAACAGGAGUGGCGGACUGUCAUGCGCGCCUUUGCUCCAACCGUGGUUGAGUGCGCUUGACAGGCGAAGACAAAGGUAUCUCGAAUCACUAGAAGCGGCGAUCGAGAUGGAUCCAUCCGAGCUCGAAGCCUUGCACAUGACCUCGGAGCAAGUGGAAGCCUAUGCAGCUUUCGCCGAGGAAAAUCUGAUCCUCUCGAACCACAUCGAUCUACAUGAAUGGCGUCGUCUGGAACCGCAGCGUCAGUGGGCAGCGUUUACAGAAUUCAUACCCGACACGGCAUCGCCCAAACCGUCAAAUCUUCCUGUACAGGCCUCGCGACCGGAUGGAUCUCACGCACUCGAAGCCCCUCAACCCAACUGGGCCGAUCUCGAAUCCGACCUUCGCAGCCUUUACCGUCACAACACUGCUCCUCCCACCUCUGCCACCUCAGCCUUGGAACCAGGUACAGCCUAUCCGAUGCAUCAAUUCCUCUCCACCUCACGACCAGAUUCCGACCCGCUUGGUCUGACCUACUCUUCCGUCUACCCACGUGUCAUCCGUCACGCAAACGAUCUCGUGGGUAUCGCAACGCCACAAAGUGCAAGUGUGGCGAUGGACGUGAUGAUUAGUCAGAUGGUCAACCCAAGGGCGGAGAGUGCAGAUGCAAGUGUCAAGAUGUGGGAGAGCGCGUUUGGGAUCGAAGCGCAUCUGGAGGUGGUGGAGAGGAUGGUGGAGGCGGAGCUGCGCGGCAGAGCUGCAAAGAUGAGGAGGUCGUUGAGGAAAGUGCAGCAGACAGAGGAUGGCGGAGGAUUGGGGCCAGAAGACGACGCUGCGGAACGGAUCGCAGACUCAGAGGAAGCAGGAGAUGACGAAAGGUCGUCAGUCUCUUCCAGCGACGAAACUGAGGACGAAGACGAAACGUCAAGUGAAUGA